UAAUUAAAUUUGUAGUUUGUUUUAAACGUAUCAAAUCAAGUGUAUUAAAUAAGACUAAGAAUUGGUUCCAUUGUAUAUUCUAGGAGUACCUCUGCAAUUAUGACGUAAUUAGUGUGCUGUGAAGUUGGAAUUAUUUCUUGUCUAUUUCCUUACAGUGAGAUAAGGCCUACGAUAAAUAAUGAGAUAAUUGUAGUGUAUGGUUCGAUCACAGUGACACGAAAUACAUAUUCAUUGAUACAAACGAAUAAUUUAUCCAAAAGGAUUCGGAAACAAGCAAUGGUGUGCCUCUGAAAAUAUGAACUGAUUAGAAAAUUUAUCAUCAUGACUGAAAAUACACUUACUACUCCUAUUUCUCUAUCAACAUAUCAUCAACUGAGUUUAACAGUUGAGUCUGCAAGUAUAAGAAACUCUGGAAUAUUUAAACCAAAUCCAUACUUGCAAGUGGUAGUAGAUGAUAAAGCUUCAAAGAAAACUGAAGUCAUAAAAAAUACUUGUCAUCCAAAAUGGAAGGAAGAAUUUACAGUGUUGGUAACACCACUGUCCCAAAUAUUAUUCCGACUUGCUGAUCAUCAUAGUUUUAGAAAAGACAAUAUUAUUGGUGAGAAAAGAAUAAGUCUAACAAAGGUGCUGUUACAUUUCAAUGGAAAGUGUGAAAACAUUGAACUCACUAUAGAUUUGAUUAAAGCCAUGUCGCAAGAAAACAACUCCACUGGCAAUGCUGAAAUGAAGACUGCAGAACUUGUUGUUCUCCUGGAUGGCUUACGCAUUGAUUUUGCUGUGUUGAACCAAUCUCAUGAGGUCCUCAAUGAAGCGUCAACCUCUCGAAGUCUCUUAAAUGAUGGUGUCAGAGCAAAAGUGAGGGUACAAACUGUGAGGUCUAUGCUGAGAAUGCAAUCACUUAGGCCACCGCCUGGUCCGCCACCAUUGACCAAUGGUGCAGUUCACGGCGCCCAGUCAGCGGAGCCUUCCAGUUCGGAGUCGGCCGCGGGCCCGUCACAGCAGGAGCCGCAACCGGUACCCGACGCCACGCCACACGCAGCCAAUACUUCUACCGGCGGCGCCGCUGAAGAACCUUUGCCACAUGGCUGGGAAAUGCGAUACGAUGUUUAUGGACGAAGGUACUACGUCGACCACAACACGCGGUCGACGUCGUGGGAGCGGCCGCAGCCGCUGCCCCCCGGCUGGGAGGUGCGGCGGGACGGUCGCGGGCGCGUGUACUACGUGGACCACAACACGCGCACCACCACGUGGCAGCGGCCCGACACCGAGCGGCUGGCGCGCUUCCAGCACUGGCGUGGCGAGCGCCGCCACGUGGUCGCGCAGGGCAACCAGCGCUUCCUGUACCCGCCGCCCCAGCAGCGGCACCACCCGGAACCCGGCCCGGAACACGAUACCAAUAUCGCCGGCGCUUCAGCGGCCGUGCCCGGCGCGGCAGGGCCAGCGCCCCCGACGCCGGCCACGCCCGCGGGCGCCCCGGGCGCGGGCCCCGCCGCCGCAGUGCCCGCCGACGACGCCCUGGGCCCGCUGCCGGCCGGCUGGGAGCGAAGAGUCCACGACGGAAGAGUAUACUUCCUCAACCACAAAAACAGAACUACACAAUGGGAGGACCCGCGGACGCAGGGUCAAGAGGUGGGCGCGCCCGAGGAGUCGCAGCCGCUGCCGGCGGGCUGGGAGAUCCGCUACACGGAGGAGGGCAACCGCUACUUCGUCGACCACAACACGCGCACUACCACGUUUCAGGACCCAAGGCCCGGUGCGCCUAAAGGCCCCCAAGGCGCCUACGGCGUGCCUCGUGCUUACGAGAGAUCAUUCCGAUGGAAACUUAGUCAAUUUAGAUAUUUAUGUCAGAGUAAUGCUUUACCUAACCAUAUUAAAAUCACAUUAACCCGUCAAACACUUUUUGAAGAUUCCUAUCAUCAGAUAAUGAGGCUACCGCCUUACGAGUUACGGAAACGUUUGUACAUAAUAUUUCGUGGAGAGGAUGGCUUAGAUUACGGCGGCGUUAGCAGAGAAUGGUUUUUCCUGCUUUCACAUGAAGUUCUAAAUCCGAUGUACUGUCUGUUUGAAUAUGCAAAUAAAAAUAAUUACAGUUUACAAAUUAAUCCAGCCAGCUACGUCAACCCUGAUCACCUACUGUACUUCAAAUUCAUAGGAAGAUUUAUUGCAAUGGCCUUAUACCACGGAAGAUUCAUUUAUUCAGGGUUUACUAUGCCUUUUUACAAGCGAAUGUUAAAUAAAAAAUUGACUAUGAAAGACAUUGAAUCAAUUGAUCCAGAAUUUUACAAUUCAUUAGUCUGGAUCAAAGAAAACAAUAUAGAUGAAUGUGGCCUAGAAAUGUGGUUUAGUGUUGAUUUCGAAGUAUUAGGUCAGGUUAUACACCAUGAACUAAAACCGGGAGGCGACAAGGAGCGCGUAACUGAAACAAACAAAGAACAUUAUCUUCAAUUAGUAACCCAAUGGCGCAUGACUCGUGGGAUAGAAGAGCAAACUACUGCAUUCCUUGAAGGGUUUAAUGAGGUGAUAACUCUAGAAUGGCUGAAGUAUUUCGACGAGCGAGAACUAGAGCUGAUGCUGUGCGGUAUGCAAGAAGUAGACGUCGAUGACUGGCAACGGAACACCAUCUACCGACACUACACCCGAACCAGCAAACAGGUGCUUUGGUUCUGGCAGUUUGUUCGUCAAGUGGAUAAUGAGAAGAGAGCAAGACUGCUUCAGUUUGUGACGGGUACAUGCAGAGUACCUGUUGGUGGCUUUGCAGAACUGAUGGGUUCAAACGGCCCACAACGAUUUUGUAUAGAAAAGGUUGGCAAAGAUACGUGGCUACCGCGCUCACACACUUGUUUCAACAGACUGGAUUUACCUCCCUACAAAAGUUAUGAACAAUUAUGUGAAAAAUUAAAUUAUGCAAUUGAAGAAACUGAAGGAUUUGGACAAGAGUGAAAUAUUGUCUUUUAUAACAUUAGUUAAUAUAAUGUAAAUUAUUAGCACCUUAUAUUAAUGCACCACCUCACUGUGAGGAAUUUCACCAAUAGAAUUGGUGCUUUCGCAAAAAUACCAACCAAAUACAUUUUGUCAACGUUGACUGUGCAUUGUUAUAAAGAAAGAUCAUUAAGAAUAAGAAUCAUUUAGUCCAUUGAGAAAAGUACCUUAUGUUUACAAAAGUUGUAACUGUCAUCUGAUACAAUAUAAAUAACGCAGAUGAAUUGUAAAAUUCGAUACAAAGGUGCGGGAUUAUAACGUAAAACAGCUGAACAACCGUUCAGUACAAUUACUGAUUUUUAUAACGUAAAAUUGCAAACUCAUUUAUGCCGCGGUUCAGUUAUAAAUUUGGUCUGACAUUUUACAUCAUAAAUUGAAAUUUUAGAUUACAUUAUUAAAUAUACCACAAAAUGCUCUCCAUAUUUCCGCAUAAUAAAAUAAUAAACACAAUUUUUAGCCAAUUAACCUACGUUAGUGACAAAAUAAUAACUUGGACAUAAUUGUUACGCAUACACAUACAAAAAAAAGAUUUCAGAUAACCUGUAAUUAAACCAGUAAUAUAAUUAGGGUAUCAUUUAAGCUAUCACCAAUUUAAUUAGUUUUGUGUUUCUUAAAUAAUAGGGUUUGUCCUCAACAUAGUAGAUCUGUCACCAAAAUGUAGUCACCAAACAAUGCAAAAUCAGUUCCACAAUAAAUCACCUAAAAUCCUAAGAUAUAAGGUCUAGUACCAAAUAAAUGUUUUUGUAUGUAUUAUAAUAGGUGUGUCCUAAUAAGUAUUUAAGCAAACUAAUUUAAAGAGAUCACCAAUAAAUCAUAUUAUGUUACUAGAAAAUUGCAUUAAGUUCAAAUAAAAAAUUAGGGUUGUCAUCAUCGUUUCAACCAAAAGAUUCUGCUACUUAACUAGACUCCCAAGGUUUUAAAUUUCCACUGGUAGUAUAAAUUAUAUUUAAAUAAAAUUUUUAGCAGAGUAGUACCUAAAUAAAACAAUUAAAGUUAAAAUAAUCAAUAUUUAUUGUUGAAAAUAAUUACCACUGAACAAUCAGCGCUGGUUUAAAAUAGCUGGCUUAUGGCUAGCAGAAUAGUAGAUAAAACACUUAAUUAAAGUUAAAAUAAUCAAUAGUUAACUACUACCCAUCGUUGAGGCCGGAUUGGUCAAUUUUUAAAGCGCGCCAAUUUGUCUUCGCCCCUUUGAUCAUUUUUUCAUUAAAAUUAUAAAUUGAUGUAUUAAAUUGGUAACGAAUACUAUUAAUUUAAUAUCUGAACGAAAUAAAAUGUUACUACUGUAUUGGUGACAAAAUAUCAAAUAAAAAGGAGUCGCAGUCAGGGAUCGAUAAUCGAUUUAUUUGGUGACAGAUCUACCAUUCUGAGCACAGAGCUAUUAUUUAAGUAACAAAACUGUUAUUAUAAGAACGAAGUUUAUAUUCAUGUAAUUCAAUAUAAUUUUAUUGGUUAUCGAUCUCUUAUUUUACACAUAUAUUAACAUUAAUUUGAUAAUUCAUACCUGGGAACAAUUUUUGUUUAUCUGAGAACGAAAAUAUUUCGUGGCGAUAUAUCUAUUUAUUAGGUGAUACAACUUGAUGACAAAUAUAAAUUUUGGUGAUAGAAAAUAUAGUUCCCAUAUAAUUAUGGGUUUAUAAAAUGUUACGCAACGGGAAUAUAGCUGAUGGUCGUUAAACUGUUUUACGUAUGUAGGUACAACAAUAAGAGUAUUUUUAUAUAGAAUAGCUAUGUACCAUUUGUUUUAAUCAAAUUUGCAAUCAAUUUGCGACAUUCACUUGACAUGUGAUAAAUUUCAUAAAAUGAAAAACGGCUUUAUCGUUUCAUUUCAUGUUCCAAGAAAAAUAUUUAUUUUCUGCAUAUAAAAAACUAAUAUUAAAAAUAAAAAUAUAUUUUAAAUCGGAUAGAAAAUGAAUAAGACAUAAAUAAGAUUCAAAAACAUCUCACCUGGCAAUAUUCUUUUUUGGUACUUAAUUGGUAACCUAUAGAUGAAAUACAAUACUUCAAUGACACAAUAAUUUUAAAAUAUUUUGUUUUGAAACUACAAAACUAAAAAGUAGUUCGAGCAGUUUAUUGCCAAUUCAGUUAUUUUUCAAUUAGUUACUGCUGACCAUCAAUAAAUACGAGUAGACCAAUGAUCAAAACAUUCAUUUAAAUAAAUUAUUGUAUACACAACUCUGUUUUCAUCUGAUAAAUAUAUGUAUAUUAUAUCCGAAGUUGUUACUGUAUUCUGAAACAUUAUUUUCUGUUCUUUUAUCGUAUUCCAUAUGCUUCAUAUGCUAUGGAGUCAUCAGUUUGAUAAACAAACCUUUUAACUAGUUAACUAUAAAUCAUAUGGCGCUCAUAAUCUAAUAAUAUCUAAACGGUCGUAAGUGGUUAAAGUAAACACCUAAAUUUUUCUCAACUUCGCAAUUUAAAUUCUCAAAUCAAAAAGAUAUCGGUCUCUAACAAUUAUUAUAUAAAUAUCAUACAUCAUGUCCGCCUGAAACCAAUUAUUGUGGUAUUAUGAUUUGACCAGUUGACUUGGCCGGCAGUAGAUAUUGACAUAUUUCAAUAAACGCCACGUCAAGAUAUGUGAAAACGAAUCGUGGCAAAUUUUAAAAUUCUAUCAUAGUAACACAAUCAAUGAUACUACGGUGAGGGAACAGAGCUAUUAUACAAUGUAAAUAAAUCAUUAUAUUAAAAUAUAUUUUUGUAUUACCGGAGCUCAUACUUACAAAUAUAUCCUGCACGUAUUGGUUAGUGAGGUAUUUUUUUGUUAUACCUAGCUUUUUAUCAGGGUUCAAGCCUCUUAUAACAACAUGGAUGAAAUUUAAUGAAAACAUGGGUUUUUUUGUCUCAAACAUUCCGUUCCGUAAUGUGGCAAAGCGAGUAGCGACUGUAGCCGGGUGCAUAAAUGCUAUGCUCUUUUUUUUUCCUAUCAUACUGAGUUGGGAGCAUUCAGAUUUAGCGCUCAUGGUUGCCUAUCCGUAUAGGAGCGAUUGGUCUAAAUUGCAUUUGGUCCCAUAAUUACUCGUGGAUCCAAUUCAGAGUUGCGCCCAUGCACGAUAAGCCGAAUUCACAAUAAUAAUAAUAGAAUUUGUGAUUAGGGCAAAUCGCAAUUGGAAAAAUGUUCUCAUAUGAAUGGUCACAAAAUAGCCUAACGAACCUUAACUUUGUUCGAGAAUCCCGAGCCGCAACAUCAGCAAAAGAGAUACGCGAAAGAAAAUUAAUAACAAAUUUUACAAUCCUAAAUUCGAUUUAUCACUAAGGAACCAACUCUGAUUUGGAAAUUGAAAUGUGAACUUGGCAAUACUUUUUAUAACUGAAUUAAUUAUUGCGUGUUUAAAAACACACACCAUUCCGCAUUUACGACGCUGGCAGCAGAGACGCUACCUGUACACCAUAUUAUUCAAACUUCGAAUACUGCGGUGUUACAAGUGGGGCGCUGAUGUCUGUUGUGUCUUCUAGUGCCUUUUCUCUGCGCGUCACGUACAGUUUCCUCACACUUGUGCGGCAAUACACCACGCGUGUUCCUAAAUUCAGAUACCAAUGAUCACGAAUACAGUGAAGUAAAUAUACUAUCUAUAUAUUAUGUAGAUAUUUUAGAAUAUGCAAUCAUUUAAGAAUUAUAUCUACCUAUUGUUAUUUAACUGUUUCUGAGACGUUAGUAAUGUAUUGUAGACGAGGCUUUAAAUUAUAUUUUAGAAAUCACUA